AUGCGCGUCCAGGCGCUUGUGCCUUUUGGUCCUUGGAGUUGGUGCCUGUUCCUAGCGACCCUCCACUGUUGUGGAGCAUCUUCCAAGUUGAACAGAUCCACAGAUUCCUCUGCCCAGCAUGAGCUUAAUGUUCGGUUUGCUGCUGCCAGCUCCCAGCCAGCCGAGACAAUAUCUGUCUUCACAUUGGAUUAUGACUAUGUGCAAAUUCCCUACGAGGUCACCCUCUGGAUACUCCUAGCAUCACUUGCAAAAAUAGGCUUCCACCUCCACCGCAGGCUACCCGGCCUCAUGCCGGAGAGUUGCCUGCUCAUCCUCGUGGGGGCGCUGGUAGGCGCGGUCAUCUUCGGAACCGACCACAAGUCCCCGCCGGUGAUGGACUCCAGCAUCUAUUUCUUGUACCUCCUCCCGCCCAUCGUCCUGGAGAGCGGCUACUUCAUGCCCACGCGGCCCUUCUUCGAGAACCUCGGCUCCAUCCUGUGGUGGGCGGGCCUGGGCGCGCUGCUCAACGCCUUCGGCAUCGGCCUCUCCCUCUACCUGAUCUGCCAGGUCCCGGCCUUUGGGCUGGGCGACAUCAACCUGCUUCAGAACCUGCUGUUCGGGAGCCUCAUCUCGGCCGUGGACCCGGUGGCCGUCCUUGCCGUGUUCGAGGAGGCGCGUGUGAACGAGCAGCUAUACAUGAUGAUCUUUGGGGAGGCCCUGCUCAAUGAUGGCAUCAGCGUGGUCUUGUAUAACAUCUUAAUUGCCUUCACGAAGAUGCACAAAUUUGAAGACAUAGAACCCGUGGAUAUUUUGGCUGGAUGUGCCCGAUUCAUCAUCGUUGGGUGCGGGGGUGUGUUUUUUGGUGUCAUAUUUGGAUUCAUUUCUGCGUUUAUCACCCGUUUCACCCAGAACAUCUCUGCGAUCGAACCCCUCAUCGUCUUCAUGUUCAGCUACUUGUCCUACCUCGUGGCCGAGACGCUCUACCUCUCUGGCAUCCUGGCAAUCACAGCCUGCGCAGUGACAAUGAAAAAGUAUGUGGAAGAAAAUGUGUCCCAGACCUCAUACACGACCAUCAAGUACUUCAUGAAGAUGCUGAGCAGCGUCAGUGAGACCCUGAUCUUCAUCUUCAUGGGCGUGUCCACCAUUGGAAAGAACCACGAGUGGAACUGGGCCUUUAUCUGCCUCACCCUGGUCUUCUGCCAGAUCUGGAGGGCCAUCAGCGUGUUUGCUCUCUUCUAUGUCAGUAACCGGUUUCGGACUUUCCCCUUCUCCAUCAAGGACCAGUGCGUAAUUUUCUACAGUGGUGUCCGAGGAGCUGGCAGUUUUUCCCUUGCGUUUUUGCUUCCUCUGUCUCUUUUUCCUAGGAAGAAAUUGUUUGUCACUGCAACUCUAGUCGUUAUAUAUUUUACUGUAUUUAUUCAGGGAAUCACAAUUGGCCCUCUGGUCAGGUAUCUGGAUGUUAGAAAGACCAAUAAAAAAGAAUCCAUCAACGAAGAACUCCAUACUCGUCUGAUGGACCACCUGAAAGCUGGAGUCGAAGAUGUGUGUGGGCAAUGGAGCCACUACCAAGUCAGAGACAAGUUUAAGAAGUUUGAUCAUAAGUAUUUACGGAAAAUCCUCAUCCGAAAGAAUCUGCCAAAAUCGAGCCUUGUUUCUUUGUACAAGAAGCUGGAAAUGAAGCAAGCGAUUGAGAUGGUGGAGUCGGGGGUUCUAAGUUCUACAGCCUUUUCCAUCCCCCAUCAGGCCCAGAGGACACAAGAAACCAAAAGACUUUCCCCUGAAGACGUGGAGUCCAUGAGGGACAUUCUGACACGCAACAUGUACCAAGUUCGACAAAGGACCUUGUCCUACAACAAAUACAACCUCCAGCCCCAGACGAGCGAGAAGCAGGCGAAGGAGAUUCUGAUCCGCCGUCGGAACACCUUCAGGGAGAGCAUGAAGAAAGGGCACAGCCUGCCCUGGGGAAAGCCGGCUGGUACCAAGAACAUCCGCUACCUCUCCUUCCCCUAUAGCAACCCUCUGCCAGCAGGCAGAGACGUGAAGAUGGCUGAAUUCACAGAUCACGACGGCAGUGACUCAGAACUCCCUCCCAUCACGUUCAACACACACUCUCCAGCGGAGUCGAUUCAGGAAAGACGAUGGACAGCUGAAGUCAUCCCGAUGAAGAGCUUACACAGAGCAGGGACGCCACCGCGCUUUGGUUAUCAAAGAAGCGCGAGCCGAGAAGAGCGCCUGGGCAGGGGCAGAAGGGCGAUUUUGAGGCCCAAACCGCUCUUUCACGCUGUGGAUGAGGAGUUCGAAUCUGAGGAGGAGGCCCCAGCAUUUGGGUCCCUACUGUCAUCGGAGCUCAGACCUGGCGGGGACUGCAACUUGUCCCACAGCCCUUUGCUCCAAAGGAAGUAG